AUGCAGAGUUGGAAUUUGCCAUCCAGCCCAAUACAACAGGCAAGCAGCUCUUUGAUCAGCGUGUUAGAACAGCACAAACUGACAAAAGAACAGUGGGAAGAAAGAAUACAGAACUGGCAUGAAGAGCACAGGGGAAUGUUAAGGGAAGAUUCUAUGAUGGAAUACCUUAAGAUAGCUCAAGACUUGGAAAUGUAUGGAGUCAACUAUUUUGAAAUAAAGAAUAAAAAAGGAACUGAAUUGUGGCUAGGAGUUGAUGCUUUGGGUCUGAAUAUUUAUGAACAUGAUGAUAAGCUGACACCCAAGAUUGGUUUUCCUUGGAGUGAAAUAAGAAACAUCUCUUUUAAUGACAAAAAAUUUGUCAUAAAGCCAAUUGACAAAAAGGCCCCUGAUUUUGUUUUUUAUGCACCCCGUCUGAGAAUUAACAAGCGAAUUUUGGCACUGUGCAUGGGAAAUCAUGAAUUGUACAUGAGGCGGAGGAAACCUGAUACAAUUGAAGUGCAACAGAUGAAGGCCCAAGCUAGAGAAGAGAAACAUCAGAAACAAUUGGAAAGAGCACAAUUAGAAAAUGAGAAGAAAAAAAGGGAGAUAGCAGAAAAGGAAAAGGAAAGAAUAGAGCGUGAAAAGGAGGAAUUAAUGGAGCGCUUAAGACAAAUUGAGGAGCAAACAAUGAAAGCUCAGAAAGAGCUAGAGGAGCAGACUCGAAGAGCUCUAGAACUGGAUCAAGAACGGAAGCGUGCAAAAGAGGAAGCAGAACGCCUGGAAAAAGAGCGUCGAGCAGCUGAAGUAGCCAAAGCUGCUCUAGCCAAGCAGGCAGCUGAUCAAAUGAAGAACCAGGAGCAGCUAGCAGCAGAAAUUGCUGAAUUCACAGCCAAGAUUGCACUUCUAGAGGAGGCCAAGAAAAAGAAAGAAGAGGAAGCUUCAGAAUGGCAGCACAAAGCUUUUGCAGCCCAAGAGGACUUGGAAAAGACCAAAGAAGAACUGAAAUCUGUGAUGUCUGCUCCCCCUCCACCUCCACCCCCACCAGUUAUUCCUCCAACAGAGAAUGAACACGAUGAACACGAUGAGAACAAUGCUGAAGCCAGUGCAGAACUGUCUUCUGAUGGUGUCAUGAAUCACAGGAGUGAGGAAGAACGGGUAACAGAAACACAGAAAAAUGAACGUGUUAAGAAACAGCUCCAGGCUUUAAGUUCAGAGUUGGCUCAAGCCAGAGAUGAAACCAAGAAAACACAAAAUGAUGUCCUUCAUGCUGAGAAUGUUAAAGCAGGCCGCGAUAAGUACAAGACUCUCCGGCAAAUCCGACAAGGCAAUACAAAGCAGCGUAUUGAUGAGUUUGAAGCAAUGUGAGAGCUGGUAUUUUGCAUAUAUGUUCCUCGUAAAGCUGAACCACCAACAGAGAAAAAAAGCAGGCCUUUGCAGAUUUGAUGGAUUGCACCCCACUUUGCCAAAGCACUUAAUACCAGGUUGACUACAGUGACUAGAAGACAAAUUUAGGGGAAGCUAUUCAACAGUAAGGCAGUCUGUUAACCCUAGGUUUUGGGUGGGGGGAGGUUGUAGAGGUUAAUAGCAGGUUUUUCCCCAUUGUGUUUUCAGUUUCAUUGUUUGUUUGGGUUUUUUUUCCCCCCUUUGGAAACAGAUGUGAAGUAUAUAAUGACUGACAAGUGUAUAUAUCGCUUAAACAGUAAAAAAUGGAAAGAAGAAUGGAACUGUGCCUAAACUGGAUAGGUACUAUUUCAGUAUGAAGUUUCAAAUUAGUUUUCAAUGUAGCUACUCCAUUAAGAGUUUAAUACUGCUCACUUUCAGUUUUGGUUUUUUUUUCUUGUUUUGUUUUGGGGAAUUUUGUGAGGUUUUUUUGGUUGUUUUUUUUUUUUUUUAUUUCCCAAGUGAAAUUCUGUGGUGUUUCAUGUCCUGUCAUCAUUGAUGGUUUUCUUUGCCUGCCUGUUCACAAAGGUCUGGAUGGCAGGUGGUAGUUCCAGGAAAUGUUUUUAAAUGGAACACUACCUGUGGGCAGCACAUGGCUGCUGAUAGGCUUGAGUAAGUAUUGCUUUUCCUAGCUGAUUCUUUUAGAUGUGCAAAAUGUUCCAAUGCAGCAAAGAGGGAAAAAAAAUAAACAAAGCUUAAUGUGCUAUUUGCUUGUAAUUAUUUUAUUUGCAGUAGGGAAACCUGGACCUUUCUGGCAAGGGAGCAUAUGAAAACAUCAGUCCCAGGGAGGGGACAGUAUCCUACCUCACUACUAUGUACAUGAUGACUGGUCCUUCAAACACCAUGAAUAAAACUGUUCAAAUUGACUGUCACUACGCAGUAACAUUAAAGAUUGCUAGGAGCCCGUACUCCUAGGGUUUUAUUUUGCUUUAUUAUGGAUUUAUAGUGCUAAGUACGGUCUAACUGCCUUCUGUUGAGUUUAAAUUGUAAAAGCAUCUGGUGUGUUUUAAAGCUGUAACCUGUCACUGGUAUACUAUAUUCUGGGACGGGUGUAGAAUGUGUUUGUCAGUCAGUUUGGGUUUCAAAUACAAAAUUAAACUUCCCAGAAUAGGAGUAAAAGUGUUUGUAGCUUCAGUUUUCAGUGAAGCUGGUAUUGUAAUUGUCAUAUCUGAUGUUAGAUUAUUAAGUUCUUUCCCUCUUGAAAAGGAAACCUGCUCUUUUGAGAAAUUUGCUUAGAAAUUGAACUUUACUAAUAACUUUACAGUUAAUGUGGACUUCAGUUACUCCCUAUGUUAGAGUACCCUAAUAAAUAUCAACAGUGCAAGAACCUAGGUUUCUCUGAGGAUGGUUCAGCUUUUUUUCUGUUUGAUAUUAUGCACUCAUAAAUUUACACUUAUCUAUUAAAAUUUGCCAUUUUAUUAAACAUUUUUUUCAUGCACAAUAGGUCUAAAUUCCUCAUGAACAGUCCAACUAAGUUUGUUUUUUUAUUUUGCAGAGUAAAAGUUUGGCUAUGUGGGGUGACAUCAUGAAAAUAGAUACAUUAAAUAGAUACAUUAAUAUAUUUUUGGUUUGUGGGGCUAAACAUAUCUGCUUGACCUUGAAGACUGAUGUGCAGAUGCUGUGCACAUGCUUCAAAAUGCUGCUUGGUGGAAGUUGGUGUUUCAACUUGCAGUGCAUUGCAAGAACAGUUUUUGUUUCACAGGCUUCAUACACCGAAGCUUAAGCAAAUUUCUGAAGUAUUUGAACAGUUUGCCAUGGCAGGUGAAAUACUGUGCUUCCAAUGAGUUUUCAUUUUUCCCUGAAAAGUGUGCACUAACACUGAUCUAUCAGUUUCAGUGUUGGGAAAAAACACCAGUAAAGAUUGUUUUUCAUAAAUCUACAACAUGUAGAGUAGGGCUGAAUGGAUUAGAUCCAUUUAUAAAGCUUGUGGUUUUGUUUUUGUUUUUUUUUUUUUUUUUUUUAAUUCAAACAACCAGGAACAACCAUUUUAUAAUACAGGUUUUCACAAUGAACAAAGUGGUAAUAGCUGCUGUCACUAGCAGUUGGAAACACUUACUGGUGCAGAAAUACUAAGAAUACAUCUAAUGAUUACUCGGUGAAGUAAUUUUCCACUUGCUUUUUCCUUUAGCAUCAUGUUUUGUGUUGUACAAUUAAGCUACAAUUACAUCUACUAUUUUGGAUAACGUUCAUUGGUUAACAAUAAAGAGAUACAGUUAAUUUCUCUGA